AUGGAUCUUCCUCCUAGUAUUCCUGUGACCUCCAAGGAGGGUGUUGUGUGUAAGCAGCGAAAAUCUUUAUAUGGAUUAAAGCAGUCUCCAAGAGCAUGGUUUGGGAGCGUCAUAAAGAAGUAUCUGGCUUCCGAGUUUAAGAUGAAAUCAUUGGGUGAUUUGAAGUACUUUCUUGAAAUUGAAGUUGCCAGAUCUAACCAUGAAACUGGAAUGUUGGAUUGUAAACUAAUUGAUACCCCUAGUGAACAGAAUCAUAAGUUGGGGUUGUAUCUUGAUCAAGUCCCAACUGAUAAAGAGCAUUAUCAACGACUUGUGGGGAAAUUGAAUUAUUUAGCUCAUACACAUUCUGAUAUUGCAUAUGCAGUGAGUGUAGUGAGUCAAUUUAUGCAUUUUCCCAGUGAAGAUCAUAUGGGUGCUGUGAUGCGUAUUUUGAGGUAUCUGAAAGUAACUCUUGGCAAGGAGUUAAUGUUUUCCAAGUAUGAUCAUACAAAUGUUGAAGGAUAUACGGAUGCUGAUUGGGCUGGCUUAGUCACUGAUAGACGUUCUACGUCUGGACUUGCAAUUGCGAUUGCUCGUAACCCUGUGCAACAUGAUCGUACAAAGCACGUGGAGGUUGAUCGACAUUUUAUUAAAGAGAAGGUGGAUGCUAAGAUUGUUUCUUUUCCAUUUAUAUCAUUCGAGUAUCAACUCGCAGAUGUACUUACGAAAGCUGUGUCUAUUACUGUCUUUCUCAACUCGCUUAACAAGUUAGGCAUGCGUGACAUAUUCGCUCUAACUUAA